UCACGCUUAAACACAUACGUGUAACACACACACACACACAUAUAUAUAUAUGUGUAUAUAUAUAAGCGAAUUGCAUGCUGCAAAAGUUGUUAAUGGUUUAAUUAGAAUUGAUGUCAUCCAUUUAAUGUGUAUUUGCAUAAUCUAACCAACUAACUCUGUAUGUAUUUAAUGGUAUACUUAAGUCGUAGCAUACAAUUGGUACCUUCCAAAAAUAAUGCAAGCCGUGACCUGGAAAUGGAGCAAACUAUGGUAUAUGUAUGACUGCCAUCGCAUUUUCGAAUUAGUCGAAACGCGUGGCGAUAUUAGUCAAAAAAAUUUACAAACAAAUAUGAAAAAUAGAUACCAAAAAAAAAAAAAAUUAUAAAUUCAAUAUUUAAUAGAUUGUCAGUGGUGAACAUGAGUAAUAAAUAGUUUUUUGUGUGCAAAAUUUCAAGUUCAGUUAAUUGAUCCAUUUGUACAGAGUUGCAAGUAAUUAUUUUGAAUUUGGCGCCACAUCAAUGCAAAGCAGCCAAAAUAAGACAAGCGAUAUUGCAGCCCUGCUUAAAAAGCCACUAAGCAACGCACAGCUGACGCACAGUGCUGUGUAGCCCUGCAGUCACCUAUCCAUUGACUUAGCCUAACCCAAGUGCAGCUCAGCCAUCAUGAAGAUGGGAAUGGGCUACACAGUACUCUCGCGAUUGCGAACCCUAGCACGCUACACAAUCGCCUACGCUUGUAUAACCCAUUGCACGUUUGAGUAUGUGGGUGACUUUGUUUUGUGCAAAGGACCCUCCAUGGAGCCAACGCUCUUCUCAGAUAACGUGCUGCUGACGGAACGCCUAUCCAAAUACUGGCGUAAAUAUCAAUCCGGCGAUAUUAUUAUUGCCGUUUCGCCGGUUAAUGCCAGCCAGUAUAUAUGCAAACGCAUUGUGGCCGUGUCCGGUGAGAAGAUAACGACACUUAAGCCACACCCUCUAGAGGCGGAAUCAGCAUCAAAACAGCCGAGCGAAAUAUCUAUGGUUACGGAUUAUGUGCCGCAUGGCUGUGUUUGGAUCGAGGGCGAUAAUAAGAGCAAUAGUUCGGAUUCACGUUACUAUGGGCCCAUACCGCUUGGACUGAUACGGAGUCGAGUCGUCUGUCGCAUUUGGCCAAUCUCGGAGCUAACGGGCCUGUAGUGCCAACGCAG